CUGCUUAAAAUGAAUGAAAUGUCAGUUUUGUGAUGUUGCGAACAUGACUGGGUGAAUUUUUAAAUAAAAAUAACUUUAAAUGUUAAAUUGUUUAUUCGUGUUUGGUCAGUGUAGCGUCUUGGAUGUCCCAGUGAUAUUAAUUUGAUCGUUUUGUUUGUGGCGUUUGGUUCAAAGGUAUAUCAAAACAGAAAACUUCAUAAUAUGGAUGAGGAUUACAGGGAGAAAAGGGCUGCAGUAUUGGGAUUCAGACCGCAAAAAGAGAAUGUAUACAAUGGUGUUUUGCCCUACUCCAAAUACCUGGACGAGGAAUCUAAAGAAUUAUUUGUUGCAAUCAAAACUAACCUUAUCAAGUCCGUUUUAGCUCGAGAAAUUAGGCCAGGAUGCGCUUUAUGGACCUCCAGACUAAACAAGUACAUAAAAAUCUAUGGUCUGAAGUUCUCAAAAGAAGACCACAUUGCCUUGAUUAAGUUAUUCUAUGAACUAAUUACCAUUCCCGACUUAGAACCUACCAGGAUUAGUAAAUGUGCUUUCACUUUGAGUCAGUUAUUAAAAAAGAGGUAUUUAAUAACGAGAGAUGAAUUACAACUGGACUGGAGACCCCUUUAUGACUUAUGUGUUCGAACUAUGCUUAAAAGCCAUUCAGACAUAGGGAUGUAUAGAUAUAUUUCAACAUUUGAAACAUCUCUUUAUAAUGCAAUUCGAUCAUGUAAAGUCUAUUUCCCGGCAAGUGCCACACAAGAAAUCCUGGAUGAGCUCCGACCAUCUUUAUGUCCUUUUAAUACUGGAGAGAUAUCUUGUGCCAUGCAUUAUCUUGAACUACUCAUGCCUAAUGCAGUUAAGCCAGAAGAGGCAAGCAUAAGCUAUGAUUUAUGGUUUAACGAAUUUAUGAAUUUAUGGGAAAUUUGUCAUAAUACUGGAGCAUGGGAGAAUAACAUGAUGUGGAUGUUUGCAGGUUUAGCAAGAUAUCAAAUAGGGCGUAUAGAUUGGACUCCAUAUGUACCCCAAAUGUUUGCUAGAUUUCAAAGGGCUCUUCAAUUGCCCGUAAAUUUUAAACAAAGGGCAUUAGGAAAGCAGCAUAAAAUUGACAGUGCUGCAAUUGCAGUGUGGAUUGUGGCGUGUUUACAUGGAGAUAACAAUCCAACCUUUUUCUAUUUUGAAAAAUUAAUGCAGACUUUAGAAAGCUAUUUUCACCCGGCAAAUGUUGGAAGAUGGACAUUCAAACUACGGGAACUAUUGAAAAAACUUGCCUACCUUUUUGUGCAGCGUGUCCAUUGUGAACGUUACAAAACGCCCUCAUGGGACAGCCAAGUGCCCGACAGCCAUAAACUGACAGAUGCUGACAUUGACAGAUUUGUCAAUAUAAUGAAACCAUGUAUUGAACCCGCGAUGUAUUCUAGACUGGGUGCUUCAGAUGUCACCAUGGCCCUCUCUUAUAUGGCAUCUUUAAGGCCUAAUUUAGUUAUACCGGGAAUUUUGGAUCAAUUAUACUUUUCUAUGGACAGUUUGACAGAACCACAUAAGAUGACUAGUAAUAUGAUGGGGAUUUUGUCCUGUGGAAGAUACAUGGUCCAAGGAAAAGAGUAUAAUUACUUGGAAGGUCCGACACAUGUUAUUCCACUUUUGAUGGCGCUGUUGCCUGGUAUUGAUCCAAAUGAUGUUAGAAAAUCAUACGUUACAUUCAACUUUAUUAUGCAUUUCGUCAACAUGAUUCCCUUAAUAGAUUCUUCAAAAGCGCAUAAUUUUUACGAUGAUUUAACGGAAGAAGAACACAUGAUUUGUGAAGCCACUGCUGAAUUUGAGGAUUUCGUGCUUCAGUUUUUUGAUAGGCUUAUACAAUGGGUGGAUUCGAGUUCGUUGGAUUUCGUGCGAUUAGAGCAGAUGACCAGUAAUAAUAACAAUAAUAAAAGUAGAUCUGAGACUUUCGCUGAUACCGCGAUUGGAUCGGUAGUUGUUGUCGUUUUGAGUCAAUGUUCACCAACGAUUUUUCAUAGUGCGUUAAGAAAGUUUUACAAUUUUGCUAGUCAAACGAUCCUGGAAGUGCAAGUUGCCGGGAAAAUGGUGGCGACCGUAGCACAUGCCUUCUCAACUGUAGAUCCAAAUAAUACCCUAAAAAUGUUCUUACCCUACUUAAUUGACUCUCUUGAGGAAGCUUUAAAUGAAAACCCACAUAUGGUCGAAGAAGAACACGUGGACGCCAAAUUUUUGUUUAAUUUGCAGAUUUUAUCAGAGAUUCUGGAUGGUAAAGAUGAAAUUUUGCCCUACAUGGACAAAAUAACAAAUAUAUUGGACAAAACUUUGCAUAUGACUUGCCUGGAAGCCAGUGCCCUGGCAGCAAGGGCAUUGGAAGUUAUUUUGAAUACUUUGACUUUAAUUGUUCCUAGGGAGUAUAGGAGUCACACUGAAGAUUUUGGAGCGCCUGUGGACAAAUUUUUGUCAGUAAGAGUUUGGGGCAAACCAAUAAAAAUAAGCGAACUUAAUAUAAAUUGGUACGUGCCAAAAGAACGGGAAAUUAGUGCAGUGCAACAUUUGGUACACAAAUACCUAAUUCCAGAGUUGGAAAUAUUGGAAAAAUACAUCGACGACAAAGUGAAACUUACCAGACAACAGUUAAAGUGCCGGAUUAAAAUUAUCUUGUCAAUCUGCACGUGUCAUUUAUUAUUGCCAAUUUGGGACGAACCUCCAUACACAUUAGUGGAUUCUGUUAUUGAACCAUGGUCCUUUAAUCUUAUGGUUAUUGAAGAUGGUAAAGUUACGAUGCCUGAUGGCAGUAACGUGCGUAAAGCGAUUGUGGACCUUAUGCAUAAAUUGCAGAAGAAAUUGUUAAAUACCGACGAGGGAGAUACGCAAAGUAUUCAAAACAUUAUAAAUAUCUAUAGCGUGCUUUUGUUUAAUAAAACACGCAACCAAGACUUCGAAUUCCACUGGAAGAAUUUUCAUGUAGCAAAAAAAAUCUUAGAGGACCGAGUGCAUCAAAAAAAGCAACACUUGCGUCAUCUCCAUUUAGACAGGGCGAUGUUGCAGCAAGAGUUUCGCAUGGAAAGCCGAAAUUGCUCUUUUACGCAGACCCACAAACAGAUUUUAGAAGAUUUGUGGGAAUUGAGUGUGUCUAGAUAUAGUGAGGUCAGAAUGGCUGCGCAAUCCAAACUUUAUGGUGUAAUUCAAUACUUUGCCUAUUCUUACACUGUGUUAACACCAAAAAUAACAGAAAUACUUAAGACAGACUCAGUGGAAAACCACGAGACCUUUAAAGGUUGCCUCUAUGUCCUCUUAGGGCCAAAAAACGCACCAAUAUUAGCACGGCACGAUUGGGAAUUUAUUAAGGAAAUCUGGCCGUUAUUAGUUAAAUCUAUGCCCUCAGAAAAACCUUCGAUAGUUAAUUUAAUCAGUGCCUUAACUGACACGGUGCAUAAAUAUUUUCCGACUAUCGCAAUCAAAUUAAGCAUUCCAGAGAAGACUUUAAGUUCUGCUCGACAUUUUGCUUCAGUAGGCCCGUUUCCAUGUGAUAUCAAGAAAUUUCAAACUCUAAUUGAUGGUGGAGAGGCCUAUUUGAUGAAAAAAUCAUUACAACGGAGGGAGGCUCACGACAAAACCGUUACUUGUUUAUUGGAGAAUUUAGAAAACGGAAAUCUACAUUGGCGCCAUAAAUCUAUGGCAAUAAGCUUUUUAAAGGAUCUAGUUCAUUUUGACGUAAAAUACGACGAGAAAGUAGUAAGAUACUUUCUUAAAGCGGCCAUAAGCGAUUCAUUAACUGUGAGAAAAAGUGCCAUGAAAAUGUUAGUGUUUAUCAGCAUCCAAAAUAAACCGAAAUUUAAGAAAAUAGAAGUUGAUCCGUAUAAGUUAUCUGGUACGAAACAUAAUGGAAAAUUGAUACCCGGAGAGCGAGAAGAUAAUAAGUGGUUACAGUACAACUCAAAUACAGCACCAAAAACCAACGCCCAAUGGGAAGAAAUCAGAUACAUUCACGACAACGUAACGGGUUAUUACGCAUGGCCCAAAAAACUUAUGUUGUACGCCCCUGCGUCCCAGCAAAUUUCUGUGUGUCCGGUGUCCCGAUUAGACCAAAUGACCGCAACAGAAAAAGAAAUUUAUAAUUUCUUCAAAAGCGAAGACAACGUAUCGCAGCUGAUUAAAUAUUUAUCUAUGGAGGAGAAGAAAGGAACCGAUCAUUUUAAUAAUUACCGGUUUCUGGCGUUUAAGGGCAUUUUCAAAAUAUUCCAAGACGAAUUUCUCCCAACGUUCGUUCCACACUUGCAAAAACUGGUGCAGGACAAAAAUGAAUCAAGCCAAAGAUGUGCAGCCGAAAUAAUUGGCGGUAUAAUUCGUAGCUCAAAACAUUGGCAAUUUGAAAAAAUCCAAAAACUGUGGCAAACUCUUAUUCCUAUUUUAAAUACAGCCAUCACCAACAUUCUGAAUGAAACAUUAACCGAUUGGGUUUUAUGUUUUGAUGUGGCACUUGAGUAUCGUGAUCCGAAUAUGUACCAUUGGUUGUUGGAGUUUUUGAUGGACGACCCGCUAAAGGAUUCAACGUCUUUUGUGGCUUGUAGUCGCCUCCAAAUACUAAACACUGCCAUUAACCAGCAAUCAUGGCGGAACGUAGAAAUUUUUAAUCGUCUUUUAGAGUACUUCAAGCCCCAUUUAACGCAUCCAUUUCAGAAUAUAAGAGAAAAAAUCAGCGCGUUUUUGGCAGUGACCUACAGCAAAGAUGUGAUUUUUCCCUUAGGUAACACCACUAGCGGUCCAAAAGUGGAAGACUUUUUUAAAGAAGUGACUCCUAAAUUGGACCAAUUGUAUUUUCAUUUAACGAAACAAACUUCUGACACUAGUGAUAUGGAGACCUGUGAUAACUUAGGUUUAAGUAGUAAUGUAACCGAUAAAGAGAAGGAGGACCUGAUGAGACUUUUUAAAAUUGUAGCAAAAUUCGUCAUGUUAACAGUAGUUGGCCGUAACUUUACCGCGAGGCCGGAAUUCCAUAAAUUACUGCCCCUAGUUGCCGUUUUACAAAAUUAUGAAAUUGACGAAGAGGUGGCCACUUUGGCCACCAAUCUGAUCGUAGUCUUAGGGCAAACAAUGACUUGGAAAAAAUAUAUUCCGGAUUCGUUGGAGGCCAUUAAAAAGGUAGUGCAUUGUCCUUUAUGGUCGGCCAGAGCUGUGCUAGCCGAAUACCUUCCAGUCUUCUUAUUUUAUAAUAUGCCUACCAUUCACAGUAAUCAGGAGUGGGUGCAAAAGGUUCAGAAUUUAGUUCUACAACUUUUGGAAGAUCCUCAGCCUGAAGUACGUCUGGAAGCCGCAAAAGUGGUUUCCGGAUUACUGCACUGCCACUUCGUGUCAGAUCCGACUGACUUACUGGAAAUUUUUAAACAAAAAGCACGCACAAAAAUAAAAAAAGGUAGGAAGCAAAUAGGUGACGACGACGUGACGACCGGAAGAAAUCUUAUUAGAAGACAUGCGGGGGUUUUGGGACUUUGCUCUUUCAUCAACGCGCAUCCAUAUGAUGUACCUGAAUAUUUGCCCAGUGUAUUUGAGGCUCUGGGGCCUCAUCUAAGUGACCCACAACCUAUACCUGCCGCAAUCCGCAAGACAAUGGGCGACUUUAAACGAACCCACCACGACAACUGGGAACUUCACAAACUGAAAUUUACAGAAGAAGAACUUUUAGUUCUUAGCGACUUAUCAGUACCACCAAGCUACUGUGUUUAAAUUUAUUUGUGUUAUUUGUUUUUUUUUCUUUUUGUUAUUAUUUUAUUUAUUUUACUAAAAGGUCGUUUUAUUAAAAAAAUAACGUACCUUUA